GCCACUCAACAAAUCAAAUACGUCUCAGCCGGUCAGUGCCUGACGGCCGAUGAGUCGGCCUCAAGUAGUGCACUGUUGUUGAAAAAGUGUAAUGAGGCGGAUGCUUUGCAAAAGUGGAAAUGGCGUGAAAUAUACGUUGACUGA